CCUCCUACACCAACGACACUGAAUUGCAGAGGAAAUAUUAAAACCGAGCAAUAGGAGACAACUCGGACGAAAAACAACAACCCCAGUGUUGCAAGGGAACCAGGAGAUGGUUGGAUGUGCUAGCGCUUAAGGAUUUUCUUUGCCUGCACUGUAACCGUGAGAGAGGAACAGCAUCAAGAGGAUGAGUGAACUGGAACAGUUGCGGCAAGAAGCAGAACAACUGCGGAAUCAAAUCAGAGAUGCCAGAAAAGCAUGUAGUGAUACAACUCUUGCUCAGAUCACCACAAGUCUGGACUCAGUGGGUCGAAUCCAAAUGCGAACAAGACGUACACUGAGAGGUCACUUAGCUAAAAUUUAUGCUAUGCACUGGGGAUCUGAUUCAAGGCUACUAGUCAGCGCUUCCCAAGAUGGAAAAUUAAUUAUUUGGGAUAGUUAUACAACAAAUAAGAUGCAUGCCAUUCCUUUGAGAUCUUCCUGGGUGAUGACCUGUGCAUAUGCUCCUUCUGGCAACUAUGUCGCUUGUGGUGGAUUGGACAAUAUCUGUUCCAUAUAUAACUUGAAAACCAGAGAGGGCAAUGUGAGAGUGAGCAGAGAGUUACCAGGGCAUACAGGAUACUUGUCCUGCUGUCGUUUUCUAGAUGACAACCAAAUUGUUACAAGUUCAGGGGACACGACCUGUGCUCUUUGGGACAUUGAAACUGGUCAACAGACCACCACCUUCACUGGGCAUACCGGAGAUGUGAUGAGUUUAUCCUUAAGUCCAGACAUGAGGACUUUUGUUUCUGGUGCCUGUGAUGCCUCAUCCAAGCUUUGGGAUAUUCGAGAUGGAAUGUGCAGGCAGUCCUUCACGGGGCAUGUGUCUGAUAUUAACGCAGUUUGUUUCUUCCCCAAUGGACAUGCAUUUGCAACUGGUUCUGAUGAUGCUACCUGUCGACUCUUUGACUUGCGUGCAGAUCAGGAGUUAAUGAUGUACUCCCAUGACAAUAUCAUCUGUGGAAUCACUUCUGUAGCCUUUUCAAAAAGUGGUCGUCUCUUGUUAGCAGGCUAUGAUGACUUCAAUUGCAAUGUGUGGGAUACUCUGAAAGGAGAGAGAGCAGGUGUCCUUGCUGGCCAUGACAACCGUGUCAGCUGUUUAGGUGUUACUGAUGAUGGUAUGGCUGUAGCUACAGGGUCUUGGGACAGUUUUCUCAGAAUCUGGAAUUAACCGGGAGACAAACAUGUACAUUCUCCAUUGAGAUCUGGAGAGAUCAAUGCUGCAGCCUAUAGCUGUGAAAUAACAUUUCUACCUUGUAUUUGCAGGUGAAGUUUUUCUAUUCACUGAUUAUUACACAAAAAGGCUUUCUGUAAACUAGAAAAAAAUCAAGUGAAGAAAUAGGGGUGGGGGUGGAGAAAUCACUGACUUUUAAAAAGGGGGCCAGGCCAGCACACAUAAUCAUGGUGACUGAGAAACUAAGAGCCAGUCUUUUUUGUUUUUGGUGGUUUGGUUAGAUUGUCCUCGAGGGAUUUCUGCUUGUGCUAAAAGUCUGCUAAUUCUGUACUUUUUUUGUACAUAACAGAAUAUACACAUUAUAGCAGCCAAUCAUGUAACAUUUGUCUGAAUGUAAAGAAAUAUGUUUGCAUUUUUUAAGGAACUACAUUUAUAGCUUUGCAUUUAACCUGAGAUGUCACUUCUGAGUUUCGUAGUGGAUGAACUAGAUCGCUGUUUUAAAUGCUUUUGUGAAUUUACUGUAGAUAAAGUGAAGCCAAUGGUAUGUAUGUGUUUUUAUAAUGGAAGGCAUUUGAAUUAUUAGGUUUUUUUUUUAAAAUAAAAUAGGCCCUGAUGACUCCGAGAUAAUACCUAGCGCCUUACUUAUUCACUUCUAGACCUAUUUGUCUGUUUAAGCAUGGGGGUUGAUCCUUCCAGCCAGUGGUUCCUGGUUCAUCCAUCCGCAACCAUGGCCUCCAAGCACAAAGAGAAUUUUAAUGCCAUUCUGAGUAUACAAGUCAGUAACACAUUAAGUCAUUGAUGCUUUUUCCUUUUAACAAUUUAGCUGUAAAUAAGAGGAUUCCGAUCCACUACAAACUGAAGCUGCCCAGUGAGGUGGCAUUCUAGCAUGGAGUUGACUGAAUAGAUUAUUAAAAGUGUACACAAAUUUGCUAGUCAACUACUACAGCAAAUCAAGAAAUUUAAGAGGGCUUCCUACAGAUGGCUUAGGAAAUACAGUGACUUCCUUACUAGAACUGCAAAGUUAGAGGUUUACCUUAAUAUUCCGCAACAGAACAUGUAUGUCUUGUGUAGUGGAUGAAGCGUCCUCGUUAUCUACAAUAGCAAAAGGUUAUUGUUCAGUCUCUUAUGAUCCUCUUAAAAAGUUUUCACUCUAAAUUUUAAAAUUCUGCAAGUUCAUUUACAACUAUGGUGGUCUGUGCUUAAGCAUCUAAUUAGAUGCCAGUCUGCAAACUGACAGUAAGUAGCCAUUUCCUUUUAUAUGCCUGAUUUUGAUAAGAUAUAAAAGGCUGAGUGAGAGCACUUGAGCUAGUAAGCAUUUCCUUAUUGUGUAGUUAAUCACAAGUCAUGUGACUCAAACCUAUUUGAAACUACCCAUGAGGAUCACUUUAACUCUUUGGUGCUGGUGUCGUGUCCAUGUUUCUGAUGGAUGUCCCUGGGGGGAAUCGGAGUUGUUCCUGAUACUUUCAGGAAAGGGCCAUUCUCUGUUGGCUUCUCUUAAGUGAUUUAUUUUAAAUGUGUGUAUUUAAACAGAUUACUAUAAAGCUGAAAGUUAAUCUGCUACCCCCAUCUGAAGGUGCAACAUGGCCAAAUAUUCCUGGGUCAAUUUGUGAACAUAAAUGCCCAGCAUUUUGUAACAUGAAAAGAGAUUUGUUGCUGAGACCACUGUUUGUGAAAUUUCUACCACUUGUAAUUCUAAUUUCAGUACUUCUGGACUGUGCCUGUAAAUAUGCCAUGUUUACAAUGGUGGAGAUGCCAAUAAAUGUGCCAACUGCAGUAAAUUCAGUAUCUAUUGAAAGCACAUCCUGUGCUGGAGCAGUAUACACUUACUAAAGGCAGAUUAUGGUGUAGGACCAAAAUCAUGUUAUGCUGUAGAUCCCAGAAACUCAUUUGCAUUUUCUUUUCAGCAAGAUUGUUUUAUUUUACAGCCUGUUUGCAUUAACAGAAUUAUUUAUGGAAUAUUUUUAUCUUUUUCAAGAGGGCAGCUCUUGAGGCCAGGCAGAACACUUGAUAUUUUUUAAUGGUGCCUUUUGUUUUUAACUUGCAGCUGCUUCUGGGUUGAGUGAAUCAUUCUGAAAAUUUGCUAGUAAAAGUCUUAGAGUAAAAUAAAUUACUAAACAGUUUCCCAUUAAAGGUGCAUCUUGAAGUGACUGCGUAGUUGCAAGUACAGGUUCAACCUCCCUGGUCUGGCACCCUUGGGACCUGAACUAGGGAAUUUGCCAGACCAAGCAAGGGAAGUCAGGCCUUAGGCUCUCCUGGUACUCGCCACUGCGCUACUCCCAGCAUGCCUGCUUGACUCCGCUGUCCGCAGUCCUCUGGUGGGGCUCCACUGUGGGCCACCAGCCCCCCUCUAGGCCAUCAGCACAGAUCCAGCUGGUAGAACUUCUCUCUGACCAAUCUCACUCAAGCUGCAGCAGGGCUCCCUACCCCUGCUGGCCCUUCUCUGAUGCAUGGGGCUUCUCUCUGAUUGGUCUCACUCCAGCUGUGGCAGGAUGAGGGCUCCCUGACCUCAGUCCACUGGCCCUAUAGGCUGCCAACCACUGGCAAUAUCUGUGUCUGGGGCUCUCUGCUGCUUUAACAUCCGUGUCUUGCUGGAUCACAGAUGUUGCUGGACCAUAGAGGUUCAACCUGUAUUAUAAAGAGAAUUCCAAUAUCUGCAAUUAAAUAUCAUAAAUUUCCCUCUGCUUCAGUACAGAUGUAGGACAGAAUUAGAAAUUAAUGAAUGAUGAUCAUUGUUCUGUUUAAACCCUUAGUAAGCAGGCUGGAAUCUGAGUUGAAUAUUGCCCUUCUGGAAGCCAUUCCACCUGCUUUUGGUUCUCAAUUAAAAAAAGGUUUCUAAAAGGGUAAGACACAUAAGCUACCAGAUUUUGCCUUCAGCUACUGUAGUGUAGGUACAGGUCCCAGUAUGUCUCCUCUCUGGUUACCUGUGUUGGAUGUAAACAUCCCAGAUAUUAAGAGGGAAGUAUACACCUGAGGAAAUGUUUACUCUUGGGAGUAAUGUGCAUGAAAAUAGUGGUUACUGGUGGACUCCUGGAUAAGUCUGUGUGGAUUCUUUUGCUUUUUUUUAAAUCAUUUAUAGUGGGACUUCUACAUAUAAUGAGCCUACAUGAGUUAUUUCAGGUUUAAAUAUUUCUUUUGGGUGAAUUUUCAAGAUGGCACACUCAUUAAGAUGAAGUUUAAUUGCAGCUUAAUUUUAAAGCAAGCACCAAAUCCCAUCUUCUGUUACAAAGAGGUUAAUAAACCACCAUUUGCAGGUCUUACUUAAAAGCUUUCAUCAUGACUUCUGCAUCUCAAAGAAUGUGUCUCCGUGGGGAUUUUUAGACUAAAAGAUGUAUACCUGUAGGCUAAUACAAGUUCAGAUGUGCAGGUUAGUAUAGUUUUAACUGUUCACAUGCUAGCGAACUAGUUUAAUACAGGCAGUGGAUUUUUCAGCACAAUGGAGUACACAUUAAACUGUUGUGAAAAGUUAGCUCUGCAGUUGUAGCAGCAAUCUUCAUGUCCAAUAAAUGAUGUAAUUUAAAGUUUUUGAUUGAGUAAUACUUAGUACUAAAAACAGUUUUGAUCAUUGUGCCAAAAAAUUGUAAUUGAUAGGAAAGUAACUUUUUCCAGUCUUCAUUUAAAAAUUGAUUUAAUAUUUGAACAAAGUGGUUUAGCAAAUAUGUAGUUGGUUGAAGCUGUAAUUUAGGAAACUGGAAAUAUGUGCCUCCAUAUGAAAUUACAGAUUUCUUUAAUUCAGGUACAGCUUCUGCCAACAUUUUUAAGGCUGAUUAGCUAUAUGGCGAAGAAUACUGAUCAAGCAAACUUCUAGUUUGAACGUGCUCCCAUGUGUACUCAGACUUUAUCAAUCACUUUACUGGCAGAGAUUCUAGAAACCACAAAAAGCUUUGACAUGGUGUUGUGCUAAUGUAGAGUCACUUAGUAUGGCUAAUGUGUGUGCUGUCUUUCAACCAUCUCCAGGGUUUUUUUUUCCUAAUUGUCAAUACCAUCUGCCUUGUUGAAUGUCAUAAACUAUUAAUUAUUUAACAGAACUGCUGGUUCAAGAUUAUUUGGAGGAGAAAAACGCAUUAAAACUGCUUUCUUCAGAGGAGAGCGGUUGACCCUCAUUUGGCAGUGCUGAAUUGACAUGCCAGCUAGUUCUUGUGUGCUUACUGUAAUGCAUGGAUUGGAAAUAGGUAACUCUUUAAUUCAGUUAAUGUAACCACUUGUCCCAUCAUGAAGUUCACAUUACUUCUGGGUGAAAUUAAAAUAUUGUGAGAAACAUUCCAAAAGUGCUUAGUCUUUGAGGACACUGUCACCUCCACUAGAUUUAGUGCUGUGCUUUAAAAUGUUGGUGAGAAUAGAUAUUGGCUAAUUCACAUAGUUGGUAUGAAAUGGUUGUGUAGCAGAAUGACAGAUUUUGAGAUAGCAUUUCCUGUAAAGUAAUUAAGCAUGGGUUGAUGGUGCACUUUGUAUACAGUAAUCUGGCAUGCAUGCUGGUAAAACUACUUCCGACACUUCAGAGGCACCACAAGCCUUUUUAUCCAAUUGCUGGUUGUGUAAAAUACAUGCAGAAUGUUAAUGCAGUGUUUUUAUGGUAAAUGUGUGAACAGUGUUACUAAUUGAUUAUAACUGAUAACAGAUUAAAUGUGCCUGACAUUCUUAUACCACACAGUAUGUUUAGGUUUUGACUAAUAGGGACUUCAGUGGAAUAGUCUUAGAUAUUUCAAGCCUUUGUUUUACUUACACAAUGGUGCUCUAUUUGUGUUUUUUUUUUUAAGCAUCUGAACACUUGUACAACAACAUUACAUCCAAAGGACUCCAAAACUAAUCUGUUAAAACAUGCUUGACUCUUAGUUUGGCGCUUAGCUCUGAUUUCCCAUCUAAUGGCUUUAAUUUUAUUUUCACUUGUUGCUGACUACUUAGAUGAAAAACCUUCAGUAAUGUUACCAAUUAUGAAGUGAUUCUGCACUGCCUUUGGAUUGUGUAUGUAUUCAGAAACAGUCUUAAAGCUUUUAUUUAACCUAAUUAAAACAGGGACUUGUGCCACUUGUUCUAUAGCAGGGCUGUUGUAUAGACUUCCCCUGUUUAAAAAAAAUCACUUGCUAUGAACUCCGUUCAUAGCGUCCUCCUAAUGGGUCUUUUCUUUGUAUUUGUACAGUGGCUCAGUGAAAGAUGUUGCCAUGAGUUGAUAUUGUAACCAAUAAACAAGUGCUUUUAACCAGA